GGAGGCUUCGGGGAGCGCUUCCUGCCCACCGCCCGCACCGCCGUGCGCGGCAGCCCCAGCAUGGAAGCCAUCGCCAAGUACGACUUCAAAGCCACCGCGGAUGACGAGCUGAGCUUCAAACGGGGGGACAUCCUUAAGGUUUUGAAUGAAGAAUGUGAUCAGAACUGGUACAAGGCAGAACUCAAUGGAAAAGAUGGCUUCAUUCCCAAGAACUACAUAGAAAUGAAACCACAUCCGUGGUUUUUCGGAAAGAUUCCCCGAGCGAAGGCUGAAGAGAUGUUGGGCAAACAGAGACACGAUGGUGCCUUCCUCAUCAGGGAGAGCGAGAGUGCUCCUGGGGACUUCUCCCUCUCAGUCAAGUUUGGAAAUGAUGUGCAGCACUUCAAGGUGCUCAGAGAUGGAGCUGGCAAGUAUUUCCUCUGGGUGGUGAAGUUCAAUUCUUUGAACGAGCUGGUAGAUUAUCACAGAUCCACAUCUGUCUCCAGGAACCAGCAAAUAUUUCUCCGGGACAUUGAGCAGGUGCCACAGCAACCGACAUACGUUCAGGCCCUGUUUGAUUUUGAUCCCCAGGAGGAAGGAGAGCUGGGCUUCCGUCGUGGAGACUUUAUCCAAGUCCUUGACAAUUCUGACCCCAACUGGUGGAAGGGAGCCUGCCACGGACAGACGGGCAUGUUUCCACGCAACUACGUGACCCCAGUGAACAGGAACAUCUAGAGAUAAAUAUUAGAGAUUAUUUAAAGAAACAAGAGAACCAGUAAAUACACAUACAGAGCCUAACUGCAGCCAGUGACCUAAAAUCACACGGCGAUAAAACCUGAGUCACCUUUCACCGUGAGGUGAUCCUCCUUCACUCAGUACGGAACUUCAGGGGCUGGGGGGGGAAGAGUUCAACUUACACACCAAAAGUUAUCUUUAA